AUGGACCGGCUCUCGCUGGCGUGGAUCGCGCUCCUCUGGCUGCCGGCCCUGGCGGACGGCCUCCAGGUCACGGUGCCCGACAAGAAGAAGGUGGCCAUGCUCUUCCAGCCCACGCUGCUCCGCUGCCGCUUCUCCACGUCCUCCCACCAGCCUGCGGUCGUGCAGUGGAAGUUCAAGUCCUACUGCCAGGACCGUAUGGGGGAGUCCUUGGCUCUGUCCUCUCCCCGGGCCCAGUCUCUCAGCAAAAGGAACCUGGAAUGGGACCCCUACUUGGACUGCGUGGACAGCAGGCGGACCGUCCGAGUGGUUGCUUCCAAGCAGGGCUCCACCGUCACCCUGGGCGACUUCUACAGAGGCCGGGAGGUCACCAUCGUGCACGACGCAGAUCUGCAAAUCGGGAAGCUCAUGUGGGGCGACAGCGGGCUCUAUUACUGCAUCAUCACCACGCCCGACGACCUGGAGGGCAAGAAUGAGGACUCGGUGGAGCUGCUGGUGCUGGAGUGGGUGUUUGUGGGCCUGGUGAUCCUGGGAGCCCUCCUCUUCUUCGUCCUGGUGGGCAUCUGCUGGUGCCAGUGCUGCCCGCACAGCUGCUGCUGCUACGUCCGCUGUCCGUGCUGCCCCGACUCCUGCUGCUGCCCUCAGGCCCUGUAUGAAGCAGGGAAGGCGGCCAAGGCCGGGUACCCUCCCUCUGUCUCCCGUGUCCCCGGCCCCUACUCCAUCCCCCCUGCGCCCUUGGGAGGAGCCCCUUCGUCAGGCAUGCUGAUGGACAAGCCGCACCCGCCUCCCCUGGCUCCAAGUGACUCCUCUGGAGGACGCCGCAGUGUUCGCAAAGGCUACCGGAUCCAGACUGACAAGGAGCGCGACUCCAUGAAGGUGCUGUACUACGUCGAGAAGGAGCUGGCGCAGUUCGACCCCGCCAGGAGGCUGAGAGGCCGCUAUAACAACACCAUCUCAGAGCUCAGCUCCCUGCAUGAGGAGGACGGCAGCUUCCGCCAGGGCUACCACCAGAUGCGGGGCAAGCAGCUUUCCGUGUCCAGGGACCUGGAGAGCAAUGCAGACUACUGGCCGAGCGUCAUGGGGGGCCGCGGGCCCUCGGCCCUGGAGUAUGACCGGGAGGACCGGGACAGCUUCCGGCACAGCCAGCAGCGCUCCAAGUCUGAGAUGCUGUCGCGGAAGAGCUUCGCCACAGGCGUGCCUGCCGUGUCCAUGGACGAGCUGGCCGCCUUCGCCGAUUCCUAUGGCGCGCGGUCCCGCCGGGCGGACGGCAGCCUCGACGCCCGGCCCGGGAGCCGCUUCGAGCGUGCGGAGACGCGGGCGCGCGGGGGUCUCUUUGGCGACGGCCCGCCCGAGGACUACUCGCCUGACCGGUACUUCGGGACGCGGAGCCGCAGCCGCGAGGCCCCUGCCGACGCCGAGCGCGCCUGGACCCCCGAGGAGGCCCCGCUGCCGCGGCUGGUGAGCCGGCCGGCCCCCUGCGAGCACCCGGGCCGCGGGGGCAGCCUGGAGACGCCGUCCCGGCGCGGUGCCCCCUACUAUGCCUGGUCGCCGCCGGCCACCUACCGGGCGCAUGCGCCGCGGGACGACGACGAAGACGCCCCCGACGACGCGCUGCCGCCCUACAGUGAGCACGAGCUGAGCCGCGUGCCGUCCCACCGCGGCCGCGACCUGUCUGGCCACAGCACCUCGGAGAAGAGGCGGAAGAAGGAGCCCGCCAAAAAGCAGAACGACUUUCCGACCAGGAUGUCCCUUGUGGUCUGAUGUUUGUGUAAGACGUCUCUCUGGAUGACGAGAAACGAUAAGUGGAUGACAGGGACAAGACACACACCCAAGAGCCAGCAGGCGCGGGA